UCCCUAAUCCUCACUACUAGAUCUGAUCUCAGUGAGGCCGCCGACGAAUUCUACACUACCUACUGCUGCUAUUUCCAGAUCUGAAAGUGUGCAAUGCAUUUAAUUAACCAAGGCGCUUUCAAUUUCGAACGGCUUACCUCAUCGGCAACGACAGGGCCAGGGGCGUUGGCUUCGGCGCUAGGUCCGGGAGCCCCGACAGGAGGAGCGGGAGGGCUGGACAAUGAAGGUGAGGGAGCCGGAGAUCCGCUCUUCUUCUUGGACUUCUUGCUGGGAGCCGGCGCGGGGACGUCGGCUGCGGGAGGGGAGGCGGUAGGCGUAGUAGCGGCGACGGGAGCAGGUGUAGGAGGAGCGGUAGCUGCUGCAGGCGGCGGAGAGCUGACGGGAACGGCGGCAGCUGGUGGAGGGGAGCUGACUGGAGUCGCCGCUGCUGCCGGCGGAGUAGCGACCGGUGCUGCGGUUGGGGUGGCGGCCGGUGGAGAGGAUGCGGGAGCUGGCGAUUUAGGGCUGCUAGCGGCGGGGGCGGUGGCGGGAGCAGCGGGAGUGGCUGGAGUAGUUGUCGGUGCGGCUGCCGGGGCUUGGCCACCGACGCCGGCGACGACUACGCACACCAAUGCGAGAACGAGCAUACUCUUCUUGCCCUCCAUUUCUGUUUUCUUU